CAUCCCACGAAUCCCACGGAUGACCCCACGGAUGCCGUUCUCCCGUUCUCCGUGCGCAGGCGUGUCUCACCGUCACCUGUCGGAUCACCUGUCGGAGCUGGUGGAGCAGACCCUCAGUGACCUGGAGCAGUCCAAGUGCAUCAGCAUCGAGGACGAGAUGGACGUGGCCCCGCUCAACCUGGGCAUGAUCGCCGCCUACUACUACAUCAACUACACCACCAUAGAACUGUUCAGCAUGUCCCUCAACGCCAAGACCAAGGUGCGGGGGCUGCUGGAGAUCAUCUCCAACGCCGCCGAGUACGAGAACAUCCCCAUCCGGCACCACGAGGACAACCUGCUGCGACAGCUGUCCCAGAAGGUUCCCCACAAACUGACCAACCCCAAGUUCAACGACCCCCACGUCAAGACCAACCUGCUGCUCCAGGCCCACCUGUCCCGCAUGCAGCUGAGCGCGGAGCUCCAGUCGGACACCGAGGAGAUCCUCAGCAAGGCGAUCCGGCUGAUCCAGGCGUGUGUGGACGUGCUGUCCAGCAAUGGCUGGCUGAGCCUGACCACCCCUGACCACCCCUGUCCAUCCUGUCCAUCCCUGACCACCCCUGACCAUCCUGCGAUCCGGCUGAUCCAGGCGUGUGUGGACGUGCUGUCCAGCAAUGGCUGGCUGAGCCCGGCGCUGGCCGCCAUGGAGCUGGCCCAGAUGGUCACUCAGGCCAUGUGGUCCAAGGACUCGUACCUGAAAUAG